AAACAGCUCACAAAGUCAUUCAGGUCCUGUCCAGGCCCAAAGGCAGGUUCACUGUGACAAGUGCUGCAACUGCAAAUCAGAAGAAGAGAUGCCAAAGAAGGGUAUUCUUGAGCGCCUGAAUGCGAACGAGGUGGUGAUUGGGGAUGGGGGCUUCGUGUUUGCCCUGGAGAAGAGGGGCUACGUGAAGGCCGGACCCUGGACCCCCGAGGCCGCCGUCACACACCCAGAAGCUGUGAGACAGCUGCACAGAGAGUUCCUCCGGGCUGGUUCCAAUGUUAUGCAAGCUUUCACUUUCUACGCCAGUGAUGACAAACUGGAGAACAGAGGACAGACCCUCAAAAUCACUGGUGCACAAGUGAAUGAAGCUGCGUGUGAUUUGGCUCGUGAAGUAGCCAAUGAAGGCGAUGCGCUGAUGGCCGGUGGAGUGUGCCAGACCCCGUCGUACCUGAGCUGCAAGAGCGAGACUGAAGUGAAAGCCAUUUUCAAAAAACAACUGGACGUUUUUAUCAAGAAGAAUGUGGACUUCCUGAUCGCUGAGUACUUUGAGCACGUGGAGGAGGCUGAGUGGGCUGUGCAGGUGCUGAAGAUGAGUGGUAAACCUGUGGCUGCGUCUAUGUGUAUUGGACCCCAGGGAGACAUGCACGGGGUCCCUCCUGGAGAGUGCGCUGUCAGACUCGUCAAGGCUGGUGCUCAGAUCGUGGGAGUGAACUGCCACUUUGACCCCCUGACCUGUGUGGAGGCUGUGAAGAUGAUGAAGGCCGCAGUGGAGAAGGCUGGACUCAAGGCUCACUACAUGGUGCAGCCUCUGGCCUAUCACACUCCAGACUGCAACUGCCAAGGGUUCAUUGAUCUGCCAGAAUUCCCCUUUGCUCUUGAGCCCAGGAUCCUGACCCGUUGGGACAUGCACAAAUACGCCAGGGAGGCCUACAACGCAGGUAUCCGCUUCAUUGGAGGCUGCUGUGGGUUUGAGCCCUACCACAUCAGAGCAGUGGCGGAGGAGCUGGCACCAGAGAGGGGGUUCCUGCCUCAAGCCUCCGACAAACAUGGACUCUGGGGAGCUGCUCUGGAGAUGCACACUAAGCCAUGGGUCAGAGCAAGGGCUCGUAGGGACUACUGGGAGAACAUCCACCCUGCCUCCGGGCGCCCCAAAUGCCCCUCCCUGUCCAGUCCCGAAGGCUGGGGCGUAACCAAGGGCCACACUGAGCUACUACAGCACCGAGAGGCCACCACAGCUCAAGAGAUGCAACACGUCCUGGAGAGACAGAAGAAGGCCAAGUCUGCUGCGUGAAAAAGACAUAUAUAAAACAAUAAA